AUGUCAAAACCAGCUGAGAUUACAUCGUUGCUCGAUAAAAAUUUAGUGAGGGUCAUGUCUUUGGGUUCAUUUGGGAAAAUUGUGGUUUGUUGGUCAGUCAUUACAGUUGCGGGUGUCGCUGGGUUUGUUCUGUCGAAAAAUUCUGUAGAUAAGCGGCGUUAUAAGGACAUGCAAAUUCGUGAACGCAUGCGAAAAGCAAAUAUUGGUGAAUACGAACCCAUCGGUGAUAGACGCUUCAGUGGUUAAGCUAAAAAAAAAAACAAAAA